AUGGCCGAAUCAAACCGACUCCAGCUGCAGAUACAUGGUGUGGACGGACAGGAGAUUGGCUUGUUUGUGGACAGAGAUAUCUCUGGUGGAGACUUUCUGAAUCUGGUCCGGGAACACUUACCUGCAAAGCCGGGCUUUGCUUUGUGCUUGUUGCGUGACAGCGCAACAAUGGUUCGAAGGGAGACUUUGCAAAACCAGGGUGUGGUCUCCUCCACGAUGCUGCACUACAUUUGGACCUUGCCAAAGUUCCAGGAGGUUUGGAAGCUUUUGAUGGGUCACUCAGAAGGUGGAAGCACAGAAGACGCAGAGGCUGCACUGGAGGGCAUCAGGUCGUUGUCCUUGACAGCUUGGCCGAUGCACUUGGAGAAUGUGGAGUUACCAUCAAGUCUUGAAGAGUUGAGGCUGGUAAGUUUGGCAGGUGUUCUUUUGCCAAGAAGGCUUCAAACUUUGACGUUCGAUGAUGGCUUCAAUGAACACUUGACCGGGAUCCCUUUGCCAUGUAGCCUCCAGACCAUCAGAUUUGGGAAGCAAUUCGACAAGAGUCUGGAGCAAGUGUGCUGGCCUGAGAGUCUUCAUACCGUGGCAUUUGGAGAUUAG